GGGGCCUUUUUAAUACCCGUGAAUUGGACUCGAAUGUUUUAGCUGAUGCAAUUGCUUCGGAAAUUUGAUCUGGUACACGAUUCACUGCAAUGGUUGCAACUAUCACGAGUCUGCAGUAUCAAUCGCUGUCAAGUCCGGCUAUCAACAUCAUCACUGAUUCCCCGUUUCUCAGAUCUGCACGUAGGGUGCUAACACACGCCCAUCGAGCCGAACAAGGGGGGUUCUAGAUCCUGUCAAGUAAAGCCCAGACUCGAGAGUUUCCAGACCCGUUUUCAGGCCCAUGCCCAUGUCCAAGUGGAUCCAUGACCAAUCGAUCCGAGCGUCGUGUUCCCCCGAAAUGACCUGAUGUUUUUUGCCUUUCGUUUCUUUUUCUUCUUCUACCGACAUGGGAAACAGCCCUUUUUCCAUCAAAGGUACCCCAGUCUCCGAUAUCCGUUGACAACGUGCGUUCCCGACGAUCGGGCUCAUGGCUCUCACAUAUCUUGUGCUGGUCAUGGCUCUACCACCCUCACACAAGCAACCAUUUUGUUUAAUCUGAGUUUACGGUAGUUCAAACGGCAUUUGUCAAUGAAUAGACUUUAUGUUUUUCCCAUUAAAAACUAUCAUUCACAGUAUCACCAGAUGUAAGCCAAAACAUAUCAAUCCACCUGAUAUCUGCUGCCCAGCCUGGACCAGCCUUCUCCCGUCUCAGCAGCAUGCGUGUCUCAAAUUUAUCAACGCUGUGUAAAUAAUUGAUUGCAUAAAGCCCACAUGCAAUGAUUUCCAAUCGGUGUUUCUCCGAUGGCCAAUGGAGUUGAGUGCAGAGCAGAUCACAGCCAAGCUUUUCACUAUAACCUCGACCGGGGUAUUGUCGUAACCAGUUCCGAGCUGCAAGGCCUCCCAGAAUUAUCUCAUGAAUCAAUGCAAAUGAAUCAUACGCGUCUUGAAACCGCGAAUCUUGAUGUUAGCCUGUAUGAGCAGGGUAGCCAGCUACGAUUCAGAGAAAUAACCAGCCUUUCGAUUAUCUUCCUGAAUCCUCGGCAUAAACUGCGCAAUGAUGACGACGAUCAGGCAAGCCCAUGUCUUGAACUUGCAGGUAUCAAACCAGCUCAUGUUCUCUCCGACUCUCGUUUGGAUACCCCAUCGCGAUGCUGCUCUACACUGAACUAUUCGUGGGUUUCGAUCAGGAACAUGGCAUCGCUCAUGACGACACUUCUCUGGACUAUUUUUGAGAUCGCGUAGGAUCGCCACUACUGACGCGCUUUCUUCGACCCAUGGUGAAGUCAUCGCACGUUGCAAUGAAGAUCAGGGUUCAUACACAAUAACUCUACUCAGAGCUAACUUGGAGCUAACUGAAAGGGUUUCCUAAUGAUUCAGAUAGGAGUUUAGCAUGGGUAAUCUCUAAUUAUCGGUUGUGUAAUAAAUCUGGUAUAGAUAUUCAUGUUGAAUUAAGUCCAGACUACCCUAGACUAUGAUGUUUUCAAGUGUCA